UCUUUACAAAAUGGCGACUGUUGUUGUUUUGCCGCAGGGUCAGUGAAUAAAUCCGUUUUUCAUUGCAAUACUUUUCUGCACUAAAUUGCAGAAACAGCUCUAAAUAAAAGCCCAGGCGUCCCAAGGGUCGGCUCCGUGUGGACUGAAAUGAAAGGUAAAGAGCGGUCGCCGAUUAAAAAACGCUCCCGGGCCCUGGACGAUAUUCGAGACAGGGGAGGAUGCCACCCGACCAGCAAGAAAAUGGGGGCUCUCUCCGUUUCCAGUGGGAGUAAUAAUGGAAAUAGCUCGACCAAGAGCGACGGCGGCUCGACGAGAAGGAGUCUGCUCGGCGAAAAAAGAGACCGAGACUUCGACGGCCACAGCCGGACGGGAAACAACCACAGUUUGUCGGCUGCGGUUAGCUCCGUCGGUAAGAACCACAACCUGAGCCUGACGCUGGAUUUAGCCUCGCCGAGGACCGCCUCACGGGGGGAGCAGCGGGUCCAGCCGCCCAGCGCCGAGAGUGAGUACAAAACCCUCAAAAUAAGCGACCUCGGCACGCAGCUGAGCGACGAAGACAUAGAGGACGGACUCUUUCACGAGUUUAAGAAAUUCGGCGACGUGAGCGUGAAGAUCAGCCGCAGCAACGACGAGCGGAUAGCCUUCGUGAAUUUCAGGAAGCCGGAGGACGCCCGGGCUGCGAAGCACGCCAGGGGACGGCUGGUGCUGUACGACCGUCCGCUUAAAAUAGAGGCGGUGUACAUUAACAGGAGGAGAAGCCGCUCGCCUGUGGAGAGAGACUUGUAUGGUGCAGCUCAAAGCCAUAGACAUUUGCAGAGACCCCUCUCGCCCACCGGGCUCGGAUACAGAGACUACCGGCUGCAGCAGCUUGCCUUGGGACGGCUCCCCCCUCCCCCGCCGCCCCCUUUGCCCAGAGAGCUGGAGCGGGACAGGGAGUUUGCUCUGUUUGAAGCCAGGGCACGUCCGGCUUUCAUUGCAGAGCGAGCAGCCUUUCGUGAGGAGGAUUUUAUAUCUCCAGAAGAUGACCAAAGAGCCAAUAGGACGUUGUUUUUAGGCAACCUGGACAUAACUGUUACAGAAGCAGACCUGCGGAGGGCUUUUGACAGGUUUGGGGUCAUAACAGAAGUAGACAUUAAAAGACCCACAAGGGGACAAAUCAGCACAUAUGGGUUUCUGAAAUUUGAGAACCUUGACAUGGCUCACCGGGCUAAGCUUAGUAUGUCUGGAAAAGUAGUGGGCCGCAACCCCAUAAAGAUAGGUUAUGGGAAAGCAACUCCCACCACACGCCUGUGGGUGGGUGGACUUGGACCGUGGGUUCCUUUAGCCGCCCUGGCAAGAGAAUUUGAUCGCUUUGGCACUAUAAGGACCAUUGACUACAGAAAGGGGGACACUUGGGCCUACAUUCAGUAUGAAAGUUUGGACGCUGCACAAGCGGCAUGCACGCACAUGAGGGGCUUCCCACUAGGAGGUCCCGAGCGGAGACUUAGAGUUGACUUUGCUGACACUGAGCAUCGUUACCAGCAGCAGUUUCUGCAGCCUCUCCCAAUACCUCCGUUUGACAUGGUGGCUGAGUCGUUUGUCCACCGGGCCACUCCUGAACCUCUGAGGGUCAGAGAACGGACUCCACCGCCACUUCACUUCAGGGAGAGAGAGCUCUUUCCUGGAACUGAGUGGCCCAACCCGGCCAUUCGUGAUCGGGUACGUGCCUCGCCCUUUGAGCCUCUGGAGCACUUGGAACGUGAGCGGCGGGCACGGGAGCCCUGGUCUUUGGAACGAGAGCUGCAAGGACGGGAACCUGCUCGCAAGCGGCGUGUGAUGGAGGAUGGACGACAUAUAGACCACUCCCCCGACAGCACUGAGAGGACAGUAAGGCGCAGACGUGCUUCUCCAGAUGGUAGUCCUGGGGGUAGCAGCAGAGAUGGAGGGCGCUUCAGUGACUCAGAGCGCCCUCUGCGGGGCGAGAGACCCUCCCCCGUACGAGAACAUCACAGCAGCCUGGAAAGAGGUGGGGCUGAACGGAGACUCAAAACCCAGAGUCUCUCUGACAAGGGACCUUCAAGUAGCAGCGUUUCAGCAGUUGGAGAGCGAAAGCGCAAAGCAGGCGAUGGCGGUAAGGGGCCGGCCAAGAGAGAACGUUCUGAGAGCAGUGCCAAGGGAGGCCAGCCGUCCAAACCAGACGGCACCAAACUUGGUUUGGCCUGGCACGGCAUGCUGUUACUCAAGAACAGCAACUUCCCGGCCAACAUGCACCUGCUGGAGGGCGAUCACAACGUAGCCAGCGAGCUGCUUGUUGACGGCACAACGGGGAGGCAGGUGAGCGAGCUAAAGAUCACCCAGCGUCUCCGUCUGGACCAGCCCAAGCUUGACGAGGUGUCCCGGCGCAUCAAGGUGGCGGGUCCCGGUGGCUACGCCAUCCUGCUGGCAGUUCCUGGGGCCACAGAGGAUACAUCUUCGUCCGACCCUGCAGCAUCAACUCAGCGGCCGCUUCGCAACCUGGUGUCCUACCUCAACCAAAAACAAGCAGCUGGAGUCAUCAGCCUGCCUGUGGGAGGGAGCAGAGAUAAAGACAACACAGGGGUUCUUCAUGCUUUCCCUCCCUGUGAUUUCUCCCAGCAGUUCCUGGAUUCCUCUGCCAAAGCUCUGGCUAAAAGUGAAGAGGACUAUCUGGUCAUGAUUGUGGUUCGUGGAGCAUCUUGAAAAAAAUCAGAACACACUAAGUUCAAGUAUUGUUAAAAAAAAAAAAAAAACCUGCUGUAUGUCAGUAACUAUUGCAUGCUGUGUGUUCUGCAUUAUGGGGUACACUAGUAUGGUUCUUGAGUGUUUGUAUGUUGCCAUGUAAUCUACUAAAAGGACAAACAGUGCCCUCCUACAAAACUGAAAGGAUGUGUGUUUUUGAAAUUAUUUUUAAAGGGUGUGUGAAUUGCUCACAAGGUCAUAAACUGACAGUAAUUCAGUCAGAAUACUGGAGAACAGUAAAUAUGAGGAGCAUUUGCUUGAAUAAAUUUCAAUUUCAUUUAAGAAGAGAUAAGUCAUAUAGAACACAUUUUUGGUUCAUUUAACAGGUUGUAAGAUCUUAACGUUCCAUCUCUAUUACAAGAAAAGAAGUAGAGAAUUUAGAAAUGCAAUGAAUGGACACAAUAACGCCUCCACAACAAUAAAACCACAAACUACGGCCUCACAAGCUCCUAUGGUGUUGAAGACACAUCUCUGACACAGUGUUAACAAAAGGCUGAAAAUGAAAAGCUUAACAGAGGUCACAUAUGUUUCUGGGCUAUUGUACGUUAUUGCCUUAGUUUGUAUAGGUGGUGUUAUUGUGUCUACCUCUUCUGCAGGUAUUUACAUGAGGGGAAUCAGAAAACAUCCUUUUUUCAAAGCUUUGAACCUCAGUGCAAUAAUAUUUCUACUAUAAUCACUUUUUGAUGGGUGGAGAGAAAGGUGUGGCAUUUUUAAAUAGAAGGUUUUCAGUAAAGGUGUAGUGAAUGAUUUGGUACUGCAGUUACAAAGCUAAUCUCUCUCCGGGAAGAUUUUGACGGUCAAAAAAACGUCUCACAACUCUUCUUCAGCACACCACGCUCCCUUCACCAGAUAUGUUGUUUUGGCUAGCUCGCCUUCCUCAGGUAACCACCCUGAUCACAACAAGAUAGCUUAAACGGUUCGGUGAAUGGAGUUUGGUGUGCUGAUGAGUAGUUGUGCGACGUGUUUUAAUUCUUAUGGACCGUCUCUAGAUACACGUCACACAUUUCAGUUACCGAUGUUAGGUUUGAAAAAAUUACAAAUUAUGUUCAGGUUCACGGUUUGAAUUUGAGUGUAUCUUUUUAUUAUUGUGUUCCUCAAUAUUGGAACACCAAAUUGCAAGAUAGACAAUGAACUCAGUGUGUGUGCACUGGUAAAACUAAAUUGUUAUGUCAAGUCUUUGUGGAAUGCUGAAUACUAACAGAUGUGAGACAGGGAACAUAACAUACGCAUAGCAUAGUAAAGCAAAUACUAACAUGUUUUUCAUAUUUUUUACUUCAUAUUUUAUUUUGUGCAUCCCUACCUUAGAAAUGGUUGUGUAAUGUGAUCUAUGAAAAACUACAUUAGUAAUGGAUAAAAAGCUUAGAGAGUUUUGUGUUGUUUCAUUUAUUGCUCUAAAACCAGUAGGUCCUCCAAGAAUAAUAAUAUUCAGUAUCAGUAAAAUGUUGGUACAAAGUAACAAAAACCUGCUAUUUGUUCAGUAAGUAGGUCUGUGUCAUUUUAAAGUGUUAGAAACACUUUAACAGUUAAUGUUUGAAUUUAAAUAUUAGAGGUUUAAAUUGGACAAUAUUUUACUCAUGCCUGCCAACAUGUUUCCAAGGCCUACUUACCGUAUUUUGUUUUGCCAUUGUAUGUUUGUCAUGCAAUAGUAACAGACCCUGGAUUAUGAUUUGCUGAGUUUGGUUUAAUAUGUAUUGAAAACAAUAUGUCGGAGAAAUGUUAUAUGUGUGAACACCACACCCACUUCAACGUUGGACUUUUGAGGAGACGAGUGCAGAGCUGAAACCACUGCAGAGAAGGCAACCUAGUGUUUGUGAGUCCUCACUAAUGAGGCAGCUUUUAAGUUGUGUGUCCCAUCUGCACCUGUGAUGACUUCUGUUUUAAAUGGAAAAUUGAGCAAUGUACACUUUGAUGUCAUGGGAAAGGAAAAUCCGUAGAGCCCAUGCGAAGCUGUUCACAUACCUGCAAGUGCGUUUGGGCACUUAAUGUGACCGAUUAUCAAUAAAUUGUUCAUUUGAAGGGAAA